AUGGGGCGCACAGGCAAGGCACGAACAGAGACGGAGAGCCCGGGCGGAAGGGCAGCAGUGGAGUCCAGCGGGGACACAGCCCUCGAGGCAGGAGGGGGGGCAGCAAAACUGGCUGUUGGGGGAGGCCCGGAAGCCACAGGCAAGGGAGCAGCAGAUGCGGCCGACGGGAGGGGAGCAGGAGCUGCCGGCGAGAGGGGAGCAGGAGCUGCCGGCAAGAGGGGAGCUGGAGCUGCCGGCGAGAGGGCAGCAAGAGCCGCAGGCAAGAGGGCGGCAGGCGCGCUGGAGCUGCCGGCGGGGGGGCAGCAGGAGCUGCAGGCAGGAGGGCAGCGGGAGGUGCCAGCGGGAGGGCAGCAGGAGGUGCCAACGGGAGGGCAGCAGGAGGUGCCAGCGGGAGGGCAGCAGGAGGCACCAAUGAGAGGGCAGCAAGAGGUGCCGGCGAGAGGGCAGCAGGAGGUGUCGGCGAGAGGGCAGUUGGAGGUGCCGGGGAGAGGGCAGCAGGAGCUGCCGGCUGGGGGGCAGCAAGUGGUAGAAGUGGAGAUGGCCGAGCUACAGCCAGAGGUGCAGCAGGACCAAUCGGGGAACCGUGCCCGGCCACACGCAGGAGGGCAGCAGGAGCCGCCCGGGGUAGAGCAGCGUGAGCUGCCAAGGGAAGAGCAGCAGGAGCUGCCGGCAAGGGAGCAGCAAGCAAGGGAGCAGCAAGCGGUAGAAGUGGAGAUGGCCGAGCUACAGCCAGAGGCACAGCAGGACCAAUCGGGAAACCAGGCCUGGCCACAGGCAGGAGGGCAGCAGGGGCCGUCUGGGGGAGAGCAGCUGGAGCUGCCAAGGGAAGAGCGGCAGAAGCCGCCGGGGGUGGGGCAGCUGCCGGCAAGGGAGCAGCAAGCGGUGGAUGUGGAGAUGGCCGAGCUAAUGCCAGAGGUGCAGCAGGACCAAUCAGGGAGCCAAGUCCGGCUGCAGGCACGAGAGCAGCAGGAGCUGCCGGGGGAGGAGCGGCAGGAGCUGCCAACAGGAGGGCAGCUCGAGCUGUCGGGGGGAGGGCAGCAGGAGCUGUCGGAGGGGGAGCAGCGGGAGCUGCCGGCGCGGGGGCAGCUGGAGGUCGCUAGUGCGGACUCUACAAGCCAAGCGAAGAGAACCCGGACACGGGGCCGAGGCGGGAGACGACAUGCCCGUAAGACGCAAGGGCGAACUGGAAGCGGAGCUGCCGCACAGCAGGCGGAGGGGCAGCCGGGGGCGACCGAGACACCCCCGGGAGCUCCGCGGGUGGGGGGGCAGCCCUGGGUGCCCGGGGCGCCCCAAGGAGAGCAGCAGCCAGGGGAGCUGCCGGGGGUGACCGGAGCACCCCAGGGAGAGCAACAGGCAGGGGGGCAGCCGAGGGUGCCCGGGGCACCCCAGGGAGUGCAGCAGGCAGGGGGGCAACCGGGGGUGCCCGGGGAACCCCAGGAAGUGCAGCAGGCAGGGGGUCAGCCGGGGGUGCCCGGGGCGCCCCAGGGAGUGCAGCAGGCAGGCGGGGAGCCGGGGGUGCCCAGGGCACCCCAGGGAGUGCAGCAGGCAGGAGGGCAGCAGGGGGUGCCCGGAGCACCCCAGGGAGUGCAGCACGCAGGAGGGCAGCCGAGGGUGCCCGGGGCGCCCCGGGGAGCGCAGCAGGCAGGUGGGCAACCGGGGGUGCCCGGGGCACCUCAGGGAGUGCAGCAGGCAGGAGGGCAGCCAGGGGUGCCCGGGGCACCCCAGGGAGUGCAGCAGGCAGGGGGGCAACCGGGGGUGCCCGGGGCACCCCAGGGAGUGCAGCAGGCAGGGGGUCAGCCGGGGGUGCCCGGAGCACCCCAGGGAGUGCAGCAGGCAGGAGGGCAGCCGAGGGUGCCCGGGGCACCCCAGGGAGUGCAGCAGGUAGGAGGGCAGCCGAGGAUGCCUGGAGCACCCCAGGGAGAGCAGCAGACUGGGGGGCAGCCGGGGGCGACCGGAGCAUCCCAGGGAGAGCAGCAGCUAGGGGGGCAGCCGGGGGUGACCCGAGCACCCCACGGCGAGCAGCAGGUAGGGGAGCAGCCGGGGGUGACCGGAGCACCCCAGGGAGUGCAGCAGGCAGGAGGGCAGUCGAUGGCGCCUGGGGAACCCCAGGGAGUGCAGCAAGGAGGAGGGCAGGGAGUGCAGCAGGCAGGAGGGCAGCCGAGGGUGCUCGGAGCACCCCAGGGGGAGCAGCAGGUAGGGGGGCAGCCGGGGGUGACUGGGGCACCCCAGGGAGUGCAGCAGCCAGGGGGGCAGCCGAGGGUGCCCUGGGCACCCCAAGGAGCACAGCAAUCAGGGGGGCGAUCGAUGGACGACCAGGAGCAACAGUUGGAAGAGUGGUGUCGACUUUUGGAGCUUGAUACCCCCAUGGCGACUGUGGAGGAGUCAGAGGCGGACGAAGCACCUCCCAUGCCGCCUUCCCCAUGCCCCCGCUUUCCGUGCGACACGUGUUUCCACACUUUCGCUACGCGGGGGGCCGCUGCGAACCACAUGAGGGUAUGCCGAGCGGCGGAGGCGGAGAGGCGUGCACAGGCUCUCGGCUCGAUUCCGUCUCUGGUGGAGACCGACACGCAGGAGCGAUCGACGCCGCGGGAAUUUGGGGAGGAGGCGUGGGCUGGGGUUACGUCAUGGGAAUGGGAAACAUUUUUCAGCGUGGAGGUGGUUGGAGGGAGGACAGUGCGCCGGAUCCCACAGCGGGUCAGGUCGGGGGUUUUAGACGCGCUCUGUUGCAUCCUUAAGCGCUUGAAGAGCCAGCCGGGAGAUGAAGCCGCUACCCUCCUACUCUUGGCGUUUCCGCGCCUCAUCCUAGCCAUGCCUCCCAAGCCAGGCAUAGGUCAGAAGGCGCUGAUCACAGAGCGGUUGGGUGCGUUCUGGGAGGGGAGGUGGCGGGAGCUGUUCGAUUCUGCCAUGGUGGCGGCGCGGCCAGCAGUUCGCCCAAUUUCCUACACUUGCUCUGACCAGGACCCGAAUGCCAUCCGCCUGUCACGGUGCCGAUCUCGGUGCAAAGUGGGGGAGUGGAGCCGUGGAUUGGCCUGCCUUAUAGCAGGGGAGUUGGCUCGACCGUCUGAGGUCAUGGUGCAAUCGCUGCGAGAGAAGCACCCGGCUAGCGCUGGCAAGGUACCACAGUGGGUCCGCGAUUUCACCAUCGAUACUGCUCAGCCGCCUUCACUUACGACCGACAUCCUGGCCAGAGCUAUCCAUACAGCCGCUCGAGCUUCAGCAGCAGGGCCAUCGGGGUGGGUCACAGAGCAUCUGCGCGACACCUUCCUCACUGAACCUUCCUGCCUUUCCCACUUGUUGGAAGUGUUCAACCAAUGGGUGGUAGGACAGGUCCCCGAGCGGGCUCGGCCGUGGCUCGCCGCAUCCAACCUAGUCGGGCUUUCCAAGCCUAACGGCGACGUCCGACCGGUGGCGAUCGGGGAGCAGGUGAUGGAGCCGGUUACUAGGGAGUUCAAGGACCUGCUUUUCCUCAGCUAUGCAGACGAUACCUAUAUUUUGGGGCCAGCGGCUAGGAUUCUGGAGGCUUUUGGGGUGCUUCGGGAGCGGUUGGAGUGGGUGGGGCUGGAGGUGCAGGCGCACAAGUGCCGGUUUUGGGAGCGCGAGGGCAAGGAGGUGGAGCGGGCACUGCCAUUGGGGAUGCAGCGGGUGGAUGAGGGUCUUACUGUGGUGGGCGUGCCUAUUGGAGAGGAGGUUUGGGAGGUGGUCCGGCUACGGGAGCGGCUUCGACAGUUGCAGGCGCCACUGCCAUGGCUCCCCUUGCUCGACCACCCCCAGAUGGCUUCACACCUCCUCGCCAUUGCAGUUUCAGCGCGGCCGAUGUACCUCGCCCGGACUAUGCCGCCGCGUCCGGAGGUAGUUGAGGCUUUUAGGGAUUGGGACAGCUGUUUAGAGGAUUGCUUUGAGCAGGUUUUUCCACCUGGCACUUGGGAGCAGGACCCCGACCGGUCUAGGCGCGCACGCAUACAGCUGCAUCUCCCUGUGCGUCUCGGAGGGUUCGGGAUCCGGGCGGCGGCCUCUUUGAGCCCACUGUCCUAUGUUUGUGGGUGGGCGCAGGCCGCGCGUGACAUUGCACAGUUAGGGGUGGCGGGUGAGGAGGCGAUGUUUGCAGAGUACCUCACCACUUCGACAGGGGCAGAGUUUCUUGACCCGUGGUUUGUCAAGGCUCUUGAGCAGCUGCCAGCGACUAUCCGCCACGAGAUACCGGGCUUACCUCUGUGUGUAGCGGCCCCUCCUGUUCGGCUUUUCCAGGCGCGGCAGCGGCAGUUAGCUGUAGAGGAGCUCCAGGCACUGCGCCGCUUGGCUCGUGACGAUGCCACCUUGGCCCGUUUCACAUCCCUUCAGGGCCCGGGGGCAGGUGCAUGGGUUUCGGCGGUUCCGGCUCACUCAGAUCUCACAUUCACUGCGGCUGAGUGGGGCAUUGCUGCUGCUAUACGGCUCGGCCUCCCAAUCCAGCAGCUGCAGGUGGCGGGGAGGUGUGUUUGUGGCACAGCGUUUGUUGACCCAGCAGAUCCGCACCAUGCCCUGAGAUGCAGGCAUCAGCAUGGUCCUUCUCGGGUGCAUGAUGAGGUGAAGUUUGCGCUGGCGAAGAUCUCUAAGGCGUCGGAGGGGGUGGUGACAAUGGAGGAUAGUGUGGUGCUGCAUGGGAAGCGGGUUGAUGUGGCGGUGCUGUUAGAAUCCUAA